AUGACUAGGAGGUCCAACAAGGACAACCUAGUUGAACAUCCAGAGAUAGACAAGCUUGAGAAGCAACUUAGGAAGCAGAAAGCCCAAGAGAUGGCCGACGAAGCAGCUCGCGCUCACGCCGCUGAAGUGGCGCGCGCUCAAGAAGAAGGAAGAGAUCCACCUCCUCCUCCUCCUAAUCCACAAGACCCUGCUGGAGAUGUGAACGCACAACCCCAAGCUGGAGCACCUACAAUCGGAGACUAUGACUCUGCCGAUGCUUUCUUCAUGGAUAGAAACCCUAUCCAUCCACCACCCCUGCAAGGAAUGACUAUGAGAUCAAGCCUCAGAUCAUUGCAUUGCACUACAAGAUCCAAUGGAGUCUCUGCUGACUACCUUAAGUGCAAGCUCUUUUCAUUCUCUCUUGGCGACAAAGCUUCAAGAUGGUUGAAGUCUCUGCCAGCUCACUCCAUCACCACUUGGGAUGAGUACAAGGCUGCAUUCAUCAACCACUUCUACACCAAACAGAGAUCAAUUUCUGUGAGAAACAAGAUCUCCACUUUCGCCAAGCAACAAUGA